AUGAUUGAACCAGUGUACGUAGAUAAAUAUUUUAAUUUUAUCAGUAGUGAUGGCCAUGUUUGUGGUCAAAAUCUUGAAAAUUACUAUCGUAACCUGAGACUUGUGGCACAUAAUUCUAAGAAUUUUAAAUUAGACGCCGCGGAAUACGUGGAUAAAUUUUUAAAUUUAAGCGAUGUUGGCGAAUUGCCUUUCAAUACACAAGUUACAAAAACAGGUACUACUAUAGUAGGUGUUAAAUGUCCUGAAGCAGUGAUUUUGGCCGCUGAUACUCGUGCUACCGCCGGUCCAAUUGUAGCAACAAAAAAUUGUAAAAAGUUACAUCACAUAACUGAUCAUAUUUACUGUGCAGGUGCUGGUGUAGCAGCUGAUCUCGAUCAUACAACUCUGUGGCUUGAAAAUAAUGCAGAAUUAUAUGCAUUGAAUUCCAAAAGGAAGAUCCGUGUAUCAAACUGUGUCACAAUGCUUGUGCAUGAGUUAUUUCGUUACAUGGGAUACAAGCAAUGUGCUAUAAUUAUGGGCGGUUGGGAUCCAAUGGGGACUCAUUUAUACACAAUUCACCCUCAUGGUUCAUCUGACCAAUUGCCAUUUACGACGAUGGGUUCUGGGUCGCUGAAUGCAAUGGCAGUGCUUGAGUCUAAGUAUGUUGAUAAUAUGAGCGUUAAUGAUGCGACAAAUUUGGCAGUUGAAGCGAUUACUGCUGGUAUAAUGAAUGAUUUGGGAUCUGGGAGUAAUGUAGAUGUGGUGAUACUUUCAAAGAAUGGAAACAAAUUUAUUAGAUCAUGUGCAAAACCUGGGAUUAGAAUGUUUAGUGCACCAAAGCAUCAAUUUCCUAUUGGUUGUACCAAAGUGUUAUCUGAAUCUACAGAAAUAAUAGAUUCUGGUGAUUCUGGUGAUUACAUACAAGAUGAGAAUAUGGAGUGA